AGUUUAUCUUUGAGGUUAUGGAAUGCCCCGAUAGGUAUCGCGUAGUUUGCGCUCAGCUUCAGCUCACUGGUGAUGCAAGGCUCUGGUGGAAUGCCUACUGGUGCAUGCGUCCUGGUGAAAAAGCGGGUUGUACAUGGGACAUGUUCAAGGAGCUAGUCCGCGAUAAGUACUACCCUUCUUACUAUUGGGCAGAGAUGGAGCGCCAGUUCUUAGCGCUUCAGCAGGGCACUCGUACUGUUGAUGAGUACGAGCGAGAGUUCACUAGACUUGCAGCUUUC